AAACUAGGUGAAUAGCUAACAUUAUGAAACUGGACUUUUGCUCUAGUUAUUGCAAAUCUGUCUUGGCUUUUGGUUUCUGCAACUUGUAAAACACGGAAGCUGGACUAUUGCAUGAACACUUUAACCAACCUAUGAUAACACACCUACCACUGGUAAAAGCCUACAGGUCAUCACAUCACACUGUAUGAUUGAUCAAACGGAAAGCUCCUCACUAAACAUGAACUCCAGGCCUAACGAGAUAAUAAUUUUGGAAGUUGGGGCAUGGGAGCAGACGUUUCAAGAACUGAUGCAGGAGGUGAAUCCCUGGCACAGAUGGACCCUGAAGUUUGAUGAGACUCUGCAGUUAGGCUGUGUGGCCCAAGGAGGGAAGCAAUACCAGCAGACAGCAUUUGGCAGGUUCCGGUGCUCCUCAUGCAGGCGAAUUUGGGGCUCUGCCAAGGUGCAGGUCCUAUGUCAUAUGUACCUGAAGCCCCGAGAGUCCCAGGGCCAUGUGUUUAUGCGGCUCUUUGCUCAGAGGUGCAAGAAGUGUUCCGGGACUCAAUUUGAGAAGCCUGAGUUCUCCACCGAAAGUGCCAUGAGAAUUUUGAACAAUCUGGUGUACCGCAUUCAAGAGAGAUGCUAUGGAAAUGGCAUCAUGAAGUUCUCAGAGAUACCAGUGAUCCCAGAAUUGCCUUUGGAUGGGUCCCAUGACAUGGCCAAUUGUGAGGCUUGCAAUCUGGGCUUCUGUGGACUGAGCUCACAAAACUACAUGACACAACCAUCCAACUCCUCUUUCUCCUACAUGGAGAUUGGGAGCUUUGAUGACAUAUUCAGCCAAACCCAAGCCAUGAACCAGUCAGGAACUCAAGGUGUCUAUAGAAGCCAAACCCAAGCCAUGAACCAGUCAGGAACUCAAGGUGUCUGUAGAAGGCAGGAUAGUUAUUUACCCAGAGGGUAUGCUCCAGACAGCUUUUCCAGAUCCUCUACCAAAAUGCCAUCAAAUGACUCCCUUGGCCUAACUAACUUGUUCAGAUGGGGCUGUGACCGUAUUGCUGAUUUGUGGAACUUUGUUGCAUCCAAAUUCUUUUAAAUAGAAUGAUGCAAAUAGGCUUGUUUUCUCCUCUUGUUUUAAUUUUGUGGUAAUCAAUGAACUAGCUGCUAUUUUAAUGUGACAAAGAAUUUGCUUUGAGACCAAGCAAAGUCAAGUUUGUAGACUAAGCACUGGUUUCCUGUACUUCCUUUGCAGGUAGUUUAAAACAUGACCUAGCAGACAAUAAUUCUAAUAAUAAAUAUUUGUUAAAUGACUAAAA